ACAAUGGCAGCCGGUCCAAUUGCAGAGCGAAAUCAGGAUGCCACCAUUUACGUUGGCGGGCUAGACGAUAAGGUUACGGAGACGCUACUAUGGGAACUGUUUGUGCAAAGCGGCCCGGUAGUGAAUGUGCACAUGCCGAAAGACCGCGUCACACAGAUGCACCAAGGCUACGGGUUCGUGGAGUUUCUCGGUGAAGAGGAUGCCGACUAUGCGAUCAAGAUUAUGAACAUGAUCAAGCUGUACGGCAAACCGAUCCGCGUCAACAAAGCCUCGGCCCAUCAGAAGAGCCUGGACGUGGGGGCGAACAUAUUCAUUGGUAACCUGGACUUGGAGGUCGACGAGAAGCUGCUGUACGACACCUUCUCCGCUUUCGGUGUAAUCCUGCAGACGCCAAAGAUCAUGCGCGAUCCGGAAACGGGCAACUCGAAAGGUUUUGCCUUCAUCAACUUCGCCAGCUUUGAAGCUUCGGAUGCCGCUAUGGACGCGAUGAACGGGCAGUAUCUCUGCAACCGGCCGAUCUCGGUGUCGUAUGCGUUUAAGAAGGACUCGAAGGGCGAACGGCACGGAUCGGCGGCGGAACGUUUGCUGGCGGCGCAGAACCCCUUAUCGCACGCCGAUCGCCCGCAUCAGCUGUUCGCCGAUGCUCCGGCACCACCCGCAAUGCAUCCGGGCAUGAUGGGAGGCCAUCCAAUGAUGCCACCGCCACUGUUGGCCCCCCCACCACCACCAUCCAAUCCGGCCGCGGCCGCCGUGUUACCGCAGCCACCGGUCAUGCCACCGCCUCCACAAGCUCCGGGCGGAUAUGGUGGCCCUGGGUCGAUUCCACCACCGCCACUCCCACCACCGAUGGGUGUUCAACCGCAACCUCCACUGCCAUCCGCGCCGCUUGGUCUUCCGCCACCGCCAAGGAUGAUCCCUCCGCCACCUUGGCAACAACCGGGAGCUCCGGCACCUCCCGCACCCGUCGGUGCGCCUGCACCACCGCCCGCACCAUCCGCACCGUUUCCUCCGCCUCCCCCAUCGUUCCCACCCGCCGGAAGCAACGCAGGACCAUUCCCACCACCACCUCCGGCACCAAGUGCACCCCGACCACCACCACCCGGUGCAGUGCGGCCACCACAGCCACCUCCACCACAACUGCCCGGUUUUCCCCCGAGACCGCCUGUGGGUGGAUUCCCUCCGCAACCACGACUUGCACCUCCCCCACCCUCCAAUGCGUACACUCCGGACGGCUACGGUGCAUUCUGAUCUGUUUCUUUCAUUCAAAAACGUGCUCAACGGGAACUCCAAAAUUGAGUUUGUAUUUUUUUUAUUUUUCCUACUCUCCGCUUCCGCUGACACGCCGCGCCGGUGUGUCU